UGGUUGGGGGCCAACGGAGAGCUAUGAUUCCGUUGGAUGUCAUGCAGGGGUGUGUUGUGGUGCGCUUCUGGGAACUGGAUUUGGGAAGGAGGGUUAUCUGCAGCUGAUAAGGGCCAUAUUUAAAGGGAUGGGUUAGGAUGGGACUGCUUCACUUCACACAGCUGCAAGGAGCGGGAACACAGCGCGCGCGGACGAUUGGAUGAAUCAUGCUUCUGCUCACAGUAUACGUUGUCAAUGCAUUUUUUGCUGCUGCAGUUGUUUGCAUGCCUCUAUCGGACCAGGGGCCCCACAUCGACCACGGCUGGACCCAGGUGGUCCGGCUCAGGCACCUGUACGCCGCCAGGCCGGGACUUCACCUUCUGAUCAGUGGGGAUGGACAGAUCCACGGCUCCACGGUCCAGACUCUGCACAGUUUGCUGGAGAUCCGUCCUGUGGACCCGGGCUGUGUUGCCAUCAGAGGAGUAGCCACCGCACGGUUUCUCUGCAUAGAAGGAGACGGAUCUCUGUACUCAUCGCACACCUACAGCAGAGAUGACUGCAGCUUCAGAGAGCAGAUCUUACCAGACGGGUACAACAUCUACAUCUCUGACAGACACGGAGCCCUGCUCAGUCUGGGAAACCAGCGGCAACGGCUGCAGGGUCGAGACCGAGGUGUCCCAGCUUUGGCUCAGUUCCUCCCCAGGAUCAGCACCCUGGAUCAGACCUCAUCCUCUGGACUAGACAUCCCUGACCAGCCGAGGCAGAGUGCGGCACAAACAGAAGAACCUGUGGACACGAUGGACUCCUUUGGAAAGCUGUCUCAGAUCAUCCACAGUCCCAGCUUUCACAAGAGAUGAGGCAGCAGCUCUCAGACACCUGUAAACAGAUGUGUCCUGGGGUGUUCUGCUUCAUUUGCGACCCAGCACGCCUCCCUGCAUGCUGCAGCGCCAGGGACUGACUGCCUGUCCAGCCUGCACCAGGAAAGGCUGCUGUGAAUCCUGCCAGCACAGUCCAGUCAGAUACGACUGAACAGAACACAAGUCCAGAGUCGCACAGAGCGGAGAACAACAGCUGUACUCAGUACAAUACUCCACCCUGGCCUUUUCAGUAACAACUUUUAUAUCUUCUGCAACCAGUCCUCCAUCUAAACACCCAUAGGUGGUUGAGCCCACCCUCUGAUACGACCCAGAGAUAAACCACAGAUAAACUGUUCAAAAUGACUAACUAACCGUUUUAUGAUGCUGUGGUAAAUGUUACAGCUUGGUUAGGUUUAGGGAAAUAUUGUGCUUUGGGUUAAAAUCAAUACUUUGUUAAAGUUAGUGGACCCCGUUGUCAUGGUUACAAUACUAAACACGUUAAGGUUAAAAUUAUAGAGUGAUCGUGGUCGUGAUUAAAAGAAACAAUGAUGACGGUCAGUUCGAAAUGGGAAAUGAACAGAGGUCAAAUGUUUCAUUAAUCAAUCAAUCCAUCCAUCUUUGUCGCUCUCACAUCACCUGACUUCCUCUUUUGUGCCACUAGAAGGCACGCACACAUCAGCCUGAUGUCACUUAACAAUACGACGUAACUAUGGUUCAAAAUAAGCUGCUGCACAAACAACCUAUGGGAGGACAAUCUCAUUUUACUCGUCAUUCCUCCGUGAAAAAAGGGUCACAGGGAGGAAUGUGUUUGACACCCUGGUUUGUUUGGGAUAAAGAGAAAAUGAUCAUAGAGCAGCACUUAGAGAAACUGGGGGAAUAUUAGUGACACCUGUCGUAGCAAGUGUAGACCCAUAUGUACAUAUAUUGAAUUUCUAUAUAUGACAUAUAUGUACAUAUAAAAGUGCAUAUGUAAAAAAAUAUGUGAAACCCUAGAAAUGGGAAUAAUUUUAUGUAUUGACAUAUAUGUCCAGCCCAUGCAAAUAUUUAUGUUUAUAGGUAUGCUUAUAUAGUAGACAUAUAUUAUGUAAAUAUAUAUCCACCCCAAAGCCUGUCAAUAUAUGUUAAUAUUAUAAAAAGUGGGUUCCAAAAGUCUGAGAUCACUUUCCUAGAAUAGAAAGAUCAGUCAAAAUUAAUGACGUAUUAAUGAGAAAAACAUUUAGAAGCAUAUAAUAUUAUUAUAUAUAUGUUGUUUUAAUAAACUUGCAUAUAUAAAUUAAAUAUAUAUUUAAUUCAUUACAUUGAUGACAUAUAUGGUCGCAAUACCAUAUGAAAUUCAUAAUACAGAUAUUUUUAAUAUAUGUAAUUAAACAAAUUUGACUAUUGGUUUGUGUCAAACCUGUAUCUCCAUAUAUCCAGAGGAUUUAUAUAUAUGAUGAUAUAUAUAAUGAUCUGUAUGGGGAGCCACAUGAAGGAGCAACAAGAUGUGAUCAGACGUCAGAUAUUCCUCCUGUUGUUUACCACGGACACAAAGUCUUUCUGGUGAGAACAGACAACAAGCGUUACUUUAACACAAUGAGAACCUCAGGGUUUAGUGCCUGAAUGAGGUGAGGCUCAGGGAACAGACAUUGCUUCCUCUAGCUGAGGAUCAGAAUCUUGAUAACAUUAACUGCAUUGGGAUGACAACAAAAUGUCUGUCUUCUUGCAGGAGUAUAGCUGUUGUAUUUAUUAACUUAUUUAAAUAUCCAGCAGUUUGAAUGUGAAUGUAUUCUUAUGGAAUGCACCUCUGUGUUUACUGUUAACUAUGUGUUGGAAAUUUGGAAUGAAGUCAUUGUGAUAAAGCCUGAAAGUAGACUCACAUUGUAUGUGCUGUAUGUUUAGAGUAAAAAGAGAAAUAAAUCCACCUGGAAAGAACAUUGAGGCUUUUAGUCCCAUUUAGACUGGGAGAGUGAUGCACUUCAGCCUCUUGUGGCUGAAAUGAGUAUUACAGCAACAAACACUGAAUAAUCCUGACAAGAAAUCACUUGUUUUCACAGAUAAAAAAGCUACUAUUUAUUUAAUAAGUGGUUAAUAUUGUGAUAAUAAGGCUCCUUUUUGUUUGUCCACCUUUAAACAUUUUGACUAUAUUCAAUAAAUCAGCCCCUUCUUUCCUCUGA